UUCACAUUCCUUUAUUUUGUGUUAUUUAUAUAUUAAUUAAUAAUUUAUUGCUAUUUAAUUCAAACGAAUUGUUGUGAUAUUACAAACUCUAAGGCAAAAGUGGCGACAACUUUUUUGCCACAGCAGCAAAUAUGCCAAAACGUUAAAUAUUAUUAAAUUACACAUAAAAAAAAAAACAACAACAAACAUAGGCUAACUAAUAAUUGUGCACAGUGCAAAUUUGCUUCUUCUUGCUUACAUUUCUUUUAAUUUUUGCAAUUAAAAAAAAAAUACAUUCUGUUUGUUGCUCUUAGUUGCAAUUUCACAUAGUUAAUUUACAUGAAUUUCCGACCUGCAACUGACCGCCACUCAAUACUCAACACACAGACACAGCUACAGACACACGCAUACACACACACAGACAAAAACAGAUACAUAUACAGACUGACGCAGUCACGCACGCCCACGCAGGAGAGAGACGACGAAGGCCAAGGCCUAUGCUAAAAUGUCGCUACCGAGUGACCUUGUGACUGCCCAACACAAUCAAAACUCAACCCCUUCACACACACACACAGACACAGGCACAAACACAAACACAAACACACAGAUACCGUCGGCACCUACGUCAGCAUACUCCACCCCCACCACGACCGCCACGCCCGCCAAUGAGCUGAAGCAGCGACAAAAGAAACAAAAUCUGUCACCGCUUAAUGUCCGACGAUUGUCCUCCCCCUAUGCUGCCCACAAUGAAGCCGCAGACAUUGGCCCAGACGAUGGCGUUGCGCCAACUGCCACCACCAUUAAUAUUAACACGCUCAACAACAACAACAAUUAUAACACCAACAACAACAACAACAACAACACAUCAUCUACGAACUCCUCAUAUGCCACGCCACCAAUAUACCAACAACAGUUAUCAACAAUGACCACAACGACACCGUUAGAUGCAGCCAUAGAUGAUAAAUACAAACUGUUUACCAUCUACAACGGAAACGAUCCCGACAAUGAAAAAUUGUCCGGACUUCCACAUUCAACAACUGGUUCACUAAGCUCAAUCAUCACGACGUCCAUAGCAUCCUCAGAUCCGGAUCCUGGAGCGGUGGGCAGUGCAGCCGGUGGCGGUGGCCUCGGCGGAGGUGGAGGUGGUCCAGGUGGAGGUCCAGGCGGAGCUCCGAAUGCAGAUGCAGCUAGUGUCGCUGGGAUCAAUGGCAGUGCUGAAGAGAAGUUGGCGCUCAAUCGUCCGGGGAUCAAGCAGGAGAAAUGGACAACAAUAUUGCUUCAAGUAUCGAUACCGUUCUUUCUGGCCGGCAUCGGUACCAUCGGUGCGGGCAUUGUGCUGGGACGUGUCCAGAAAUGGUAUGUCUUCAAGAAUGUGAGCGAGUUGUUUAUCCUGGUGCCGGCGCUGCUUGGAUUGAAGGGUAAUCUUGACAUGUGUCUGGCCUCACGUCUAUCCACGCAAGUCAAUCUGGGCAAUAUGGCAUCUCGCUCGAAUGUGAUUCGUAUGAUUGUGGGCAAUAUUGCUUUGGUGCAGGUUCAGGCCACCGUAGCUUCUUUUCUGGUGGCCAUGUUUGCAAUGAGCGUUGGCGCAGCCAUGACAGGCAGUUUCUAUUUUGAAAAUUGUAUGUUAUUAACAGCAUCGGCUAUGUUUACCGCCACCUCGUCGUGCUUUGUGCUGGACUUUGUGCUUGUGGCUGUCAUCUUAUUUUCGCAAAAGUAUAAUCUGAAUCCGGAUAACUUGGCUACCCCAUUGGCUGCUUCGAUUGGUGAUGUCGUCUCGAUUAGCUUGUUGUCGUUUAUUGCCUCGCUGCUCUAUGAGAAUAUAAAGACGCAUCUGUGGAUUACAUUCAUUGUGGUCAGCUGCUACUUGAUCUUGCUGCCGCUGUGGGUAGUGAUUGUGCUGAAGAACGAGUACACGCGUCCCGUAUUAAAGAGUGGCUGGGUGCCAGUGCUGUCGGCACUUUGCAUUAGCGGGCUUGGUGGUCUGGUGCUGGACGCUGCUGUCGAGGUAUUCAAUGGGUUUGUCGUCUUUCAGCCGAUCAUCAAUGGUAUUGGCGGAAACUUGGUUUCGGUGCAGGCGAGCAAGAUAUCAACAAUGCUGCAUCAGAGCUCAAUUAUAGGCAUUAUACCACCGCACACUAAGAUCGUAGAGUGGCCAUGGCGUGCGCUCUUCAGAGGCGUACCCUAUGCCAAAACAGCACGCAUCUUGAUUGCCAUGUCUAUUCCAGGCAAUAUACUGUUUAUAUUUGUAGCCGACUACAUAAACAUGAACCAAACAACCGUAACUUGGGUGUUUAUGCUAUCCUAUCUAACCGCAAGUUUAAUACAGGUCAUGCUGCUGUUGUAUAUUGCGCAUAUUAUAGUGCAUGCCAUGUGGAAGUGGAAGAUCGAUCCGGAUAACUCGGCCAUACCAUAUUUGACAGCGUUGGGUGAUUUGUUGGGUAGUAGCCUGCUGGCAGUCGCUUGGCUCUUUACCAUGUCAGUUAAUAAGCAGUAUGGCUCCAAUAUGGAUACGUUGAAUGCGAAUUAGCCUGACCUUUACUCACACGAUAGGCUAUAUGCAUAGAGUAAUAUAUACUAUAUAUACAUACAUACAAUUAGCCUGGUCGGUGUGCAUCGUUUUCGAUAACGCCGGUCCGUUUCUUAGUUAAGAUGCAACACACACCACAGCAGUAAUAACAAUAACAACAGGGUCAAUAAAACCCAAAACAGAAAUGUACCUAAAUUCUAACAUAGAAAUUGAACUAACGUAUGUAUGUAUGUAUGUAGUAUGUGCAAAGAAAAUACACCAAAAUAACAUAUACACACACACACAUUCACAAACUAUAAAAAGUAUAAAACUAAUUUACAAAAAUCCUAUGCAAAUAUUUUAAAAAUAUUUCGAAUGUUUAGAUUGAGAAUGAACUAUUCUAAUGUGACUUUCACAUUGCUUUUGCUUGUGUUCCUUUGCUCUUUAACCAGUUAUUUAUGUACAGAGUAUGUUGAAAUUUUGUUUGUGGGGCUCGGCCGACUGGUCUUGCAAUUGGAAAGGCGUUGCCUAAGAAUUUUAAAGGCUUCUAGGACAAUAUUAUACACUUGCAUACAAAUAAGCAGCAAA